AUGGCGGCCGGGAGCCGGUGCUCGGUAGGCGGUGGCGGCGGCGCGCUGGCCGAUGCCCGCUGGGCGCCGCGUGCUCCUUAUGAAGGGCGCCGGCCGGGCCACCUGAACCGGCGGUUAAUGAUUGGCGGCGCCGCCAAGAAAAUGCUGGGCCAGACCUCAGGAUGCUGGACAGUGUCCAGGCAGCUCCCACCUUAUUCACUCCAGGACUUUGGGUAAACUCUUCCCCUCUGCAAUCUUCAGUUUGCCCAUCUGGAAAGUGAUGGACUGUACCAGGUUCCUGGGUUGAGCUCCUCUGAGGAUGAGAGCCUUUCUUCCGUGAACAGACGGACGUCUCUGACGAGGGUCCUAAAGCACAGCACCCCAGAGGGAGCUGCCCCCAGCUGGCACUCAGGGCUGCUGGGCGAUGUCCCCUCACUCCAGGAAGGGGGCUCUGCAGGCGGGUCCCCCCUGCCUGUGCGCUCCCCCCGGGACCUCUCUUCGUCCCCGGGAGAGCUCAGCCCCAAGGCCCCCCUCAGAAAGAGGCGGCUUUCCACCAUCCGGGCUUCUGAGGUGUCCAGUGGGCCGCUAGGAUCCAACUCGGACCCCUUUGCUUUUGAAGAAGAUCCUCCCGUGCCAGCCUCGGUUACCCGGCGGCGGCGGCGGCGGCAGCAGCAGCAGCGGCGGCGCAGGUCCCCCCGAGCAAGGAGCUCGCCACCAAACUUGGGAUUGCCCGGGAUCCCGAACACAGCCAGGAGGAGGCCACGGGACCUGCAGAGGCUGGCUGCUGCGACAGAGCGAGUGAGGCAGUGGGAGAUCCACCUGCUUCAGAGCAUUGAGGAGGCCACCCAGCACGAACUCACCAUCGAAGACGACUGA